CCGCGGGCCGCCCAGUGCUCACUAGCCGGCCGCGAGCGGCUGCGCGGGCGAGCAGCGGGGGCCGGCCCGGAGGAGACCAUGGACCGCUUCGUGUGGACCAGCGGCCUCCUGGAGAUCAACGAGACGCUGGUGAUCCAGCAGCGCGGGGUGCGCAUCUACGACGGCGAGGAGAAGAUAAAAUUUGAUGCAGGGACCCUUCUUCUUAGUACCCACCGACUGAUUUGGAGAGAUCAGAAGAAUCAUGAAUGCUGCAUGGCCGUCCCGCUGUCCCAGAUGGUGUUCAUUGAGGAGCAGGCGGCUGGAAUUGGGAAAAGUGCCAAAAUAGUGGUUCACCUUCACCCGGCUCCUGCGGACAAAGAGCUGGGCCCCUUCCAGAGCAGCAAGAGCUCCUACAUCAAGCUCUCCUUCAAGGAGCACGGCCAGAUCGAGUUUUACAGGCGUUUGUCUGAGGAAAUGACGCAGAGACGAUGGGAGAACAUGCCCGUGUCCCAGUCCUUCCAGGCCAACCGAGGACCCCAGCCAGGAAGAAUAAGGGCCGUAGGAAUUGUAGGUAUUGAAAGGAAACUGGAAGAAAAAAGAAAAGAAACCGACAAAAACAUUUCUGAGGCCUUUGAAGACCUCAGCAAGUUAAUGAUCAAGGCUAAAGACAUGGUGGAGCUGUCGAAGUCCAUUGCUAAUAAGAUUAAAGACAAGCAGGGAGACAUCACAGAAGAUGAGACCAUCAGGUUUAAGUCCUAUUUGCUGAGCAUGGGAAUAGCUAACCCAGUUACCAGGGAGACCUGCGGCUCCGGCACCCAGUACCACAUGCAGCUGGCUAAACAGCUGGCUGGGAUAUUGCAGGCGCCUUUGGAGGAACGGGGCGGCAUCAUGUCGCUCACGGAGGUAUACUGCUUGGUAAACAGAGCUCGGGGGAUGGAGUUGCUCUCACCAGAAGACUUGGUGAACGCAUGCAAGAUGCUGGAGGCUCUGAAACUACCUCUCAGGCUCCGAGUGUUUGACAGCGGCGUCAUGGUCAUUGAGCUUCAGUCCCACAAGGAAGAGGAAAUGGUGGCCUCGGCCCUGGAGACGGUUUCAGAAAAGGGUUCCCUAACCUCGGAGGAGUUUGCCAAGCUUGUGGGCAUGUCUGUCCUCCUGGCUAAGGAAAGGUUGCUUCUUGCAGAGAAGAUGGGCCACCUUUGCCGAGACGACUCAGUGGAAGGCUUGCGGUUUUACCCAAAUUUAUUUAUGACACAGAGCUAAGAGUUCUUUCUAUUUUAAGUACUUCCUAUCCUGGUACUUGUGUUAUGUAGAGUUUGUAUGAUAUUGAGCUAAGAAUAAACGCCGAUAAACUGAGAAUUCACUGGAGCUCUGCGGUACCAUAUACAACCCUUUUAAUGUCUCCCAAAAUGUUAGGGUUUAGGAAGUUGGUUUAGGAAAAAUAUAAAAAAAAUACAGGAAAAUGAAUGCCAAUGUGAAUUUGAAAUCAUGCGACCGUUGUAUAGAACCCUCACAGGGUAACCUGAGAUAUGGUGGAUUUUAACUUGACCGUCCGAUCCAACCAUUUUUUUAAAGAAAGGAAUUUAGUUCAUGGGGGAAGAAAAAGAAAGUUGCAUGUUUGGACAGGUUAGGUCGUUAUUUUUGUGUGACUAGAAUGUACUGAAUUGUACGUAAGUGAAGUUUUCCUGGGCCUCGUGUGCCGGUCUCUGGGCGGUUCCUGUGAGGCAAGCCCCGCCACCGUGUCCCCGAAGGGCCUGACAGCAUCGGGACGAGGCGUCCACGCGCAGGUCGCCCAGAGGGCUGCUGCCCGGCUUUCCCGCGGAGGCGGUCACGGCCGGGGCUGCACCAGCCAAGGGAAGCACCUACAAAAGGGGGGAAUGUUGUUUGACUUACGUAUGUAUUAUCUGACUCGUUUCUUUUUUUUUUUUCCUAAAGUGACGAUUUCAUGCCUGGCAUGUAAAGAAUGCAACUAUGUCAUUUUGUUUAAAAAGUGCUGUGGAUUUUGAAACUGAAUUAAAGAGCUGUUUAGGCGUGCCCAGAGGUGUGAGUGCAAAUCCGGGAAGUGGAGGCUCAGGGAUCCCCUGGGGUCCCGUGUGAGUGGGGCGGCUGGGAGCGCCCUGGACCAGCUUAGGGACCUAGGUGCCCUUUGACCUCAGGGCUAAGGAGGGGAGCAUAGGAGUGGAAAAGUAUGUCUCCUUUUCUUUCCCUCAAGGAGUCUCCACACUGAACUCUUCAAAAUCUUGCUAUCGUAUCCUAGCAAUUAUUUUUCUCCAUCCCCAUCCAUAAUAUGUCGUAUGGAGAAACCUUCCUGCUGGAAAGUGUUACAGAGGGGACAAAAACUGGCAGGUACUGAAUUUCCAUGGCCCGGGUGUUCGGGUGGGCCCCCCGACUUCCUGCGUCACUGCUGCACAGCACACGGUACGCAGGAAUCUCCUUCGGCUCAGGGGUCCCACAGCCAGAGGGGACCCUCUUCCUGAGCCUGAGUCACGGGGCAAGGGACUGAGGGGCUUUGGCCACGUCUCCUAAGGGUGGGCUCUGCGUGGCGGGAACACUGACACUGAGACCCCGAGGAGGCGGCCCCCAGGGUCACACUCCGGGGUCCCUGGGAUGUCCCCACUGAGCGAGGAGCCGCUGCAGGUG